UAUGCUUGUUUAUGUGUGUAGGGAGUGUGGGGAGUGAGGGAGAAAGAGGAGGAGGGGGAGAUGGAGAUGAGAGCCAGUUUUGCCGAGGAAACUGUCCCGAAGCUUCACUCGGAGUUUGCCGUCCUCUACGACCUCUUCAAGGACAAGGUGGUGGAUUUCAUGCACAAGUUGACGGCCCACUCAGAGCAGAAGCUGCGCUUUCUCUGUUUCCGACUGGACUUCAACGAAUUCUACAGCUCCAGUUCCAGUGAACUCCGUAGCACGUCCUUCAUCAGGAAGAUGAAAUAGAAACUCUAUUGUUUCAUGUGCGCAUGCAGUGAGUGUUGAUGUGUAUAAUGUGUCUGUCUAUUGUAUUAUAUAUAUGUCCUAUCUUUAUGUCGUGUGUACAAUUAUAUUUUGGUAACAGUGCUAUUAAAGAUCAUAUUGCACGGGGCAAUGUAUUAGAGGCAAACAAUGGUCAAGGAACCCCCGGUGGGAUUGUCGGGCCGGGCCGGGCGUGCGCACAAACUUGUGGGACAAAUACGCAUGCGCGGUCGAUCGCGCAGCGUAGGACGUACGACUGCGACUCUGCGAGCGAACGACGGAGGGAUGGCUGGAUCUGGCGACAUCAGCAGCCUGAGCGAAUCAACUCCUCGCUUCACUCCAAGACUGGACUUCUCUACUAACAGUGAAGGAGGAGGAGGAGGAGGAGGAGGCCUCACUGGGCACCAACAGGUGGUCAUCUCUGCCACCAUAUCCUCCGCCGUCCUGCUGACUCUACUGGCAGUGUUGGUUGUGGCUCUCGUGAAACUGGUGCAGUUUAUCCGAACAUCCAUGACUUUCAAAAAGUUCAUGGCUGAUGCAUCACAAGCAGAAUUCUCCCGAGACGGAAACCCUCUCUACCACCCAAACCACACCCCCAUAAAGCUCCCCGCCCACAUUAUGGACGGUGAUCUAGACAUUAAGAUUCCGGAAUAUUCUACAAACCACUUGCGAGAUGAAGGAAAUACAACUUUGCCAGGCCCCUCUUCUCAAACCCAGACAGAGGCAUGUCCCGUUCCCAAUUCCACUGGAACCGGAAUAAGACCACAUGAGAAUGGAAUCCGUGAAGAACCGACAUUAAAGAGUGGUGAUGAAGCUCAAGGAAACGGGAUCAGAGAAAGCAGCACUGUGCGUGGAAUGGAAAAGCCGAAACUUUCGAAUGUUAACAUUCAAGCAUCAUCAGUAAUAGAAACUAGAACAAAGCAGUAAAGCAACUCUGGCAUUUUGUG